AUGGCGGCGGCUGUCAAAAUGGCGACCCUCAUUGCAUUUUCAAAAACGAUGAUAAAUGCAAUUCUUCUAUUCACCUUACCAUCGAUCGCAUUUACCUAUGAAAACAUUGCUUUAUACAAGAAAGCUAGCCAGUCACAUCCAUACAUAAAUUCACACGUCUCUACGGCGAUUGUGGACGCUUCAAAUGCGGUUGAUGGAUUAAAAUCAGACCUGUCUAUUUUUGGAGAACAGUGCGUUGUGUCUGCAGACUUUCAAAAUGAGGCUCUGUGGCGUGUUGACCUUGGAGAAGUUUUAGGCAUUCAUCACAUUACAAUAUAUUACAGAACAGACAACAAACAUUGGGAUACGCAGAAUGGAUUCGUCAAAAGAUUCCUAGGGUUUUCUGUAUUCAUAUCGAACACAACGAAAAAAGAGGACGGAGUUCUCUGUUUUAAGGACGACCGGUAUACCAUGUACAACAUUCCGUCUGUGAUAACAUUGAACUGCACUCACCACGGUAGAUACGCCAUUUACUUCAACAACAGGAGAUCAAGACACCGACCAUCCUACUACUCAGAGUUUGCUUUUAACGAACUGUGUGAAUUUGAAGUAUGUGGAUGUCCAAACGCUACCUUUUACGGUGAGAGUUGUAAACUGCCCUGUCCAACUUAUUGUAAAAACCGCCGUUGUCACAUAGAAACGGGUUAUUGUUUUGGAUGUGAAGAUGGAUAUCUUGGUUCGACAUGCAACCUUCAAUGUGGUUCCAACACGUAUGGACCCGGAUGUUCAAAGAAAUGUGGACACUGUGUGAACGGAGAACAGUGUCACCAUGUCAACGGGGCUUGUUACAAUGGGUGUGAGGCUGGGUAUUAUUCAACUAUGUGUGAAAAAGAAUGUGACAAAGGAUCGUAUGGUAUUGGAUGCAAUGAAACAUGUGGACACUGUCGUGAUGAAAACAAACGCUCCCAUAUCAAUUGGACUUGUUCAACUGAAUGUGAAGUUGGUUUUAAAGGGGUCGAAUGUAAAACAGAAUGUGACAAAGGAUCGUAUGGUGUUGGGUGCAAUGAAACAUGGGGACACUGUCGUGAUGAAAACAAACGCUCCCAUAUCAAUUGGACUUGUUCAACUGAAUGUAAAGUGGGUUUUAAAGGGGUCGAAUGUAAAACAGAUUGUGACAGUGGUUCAAACGACGUUGACUGCAACGAAAUGUCAGGAAACUGUUCCAAUGAAAGUCAAUGUUCUCAUAUCAAUGGAACAUGCUUCACUGGAUGCAAUGCUGGCUACGAGGGAGACUUGUGUAAAAAACGUUGCGACAAUGGUUCAUACGGCGUUGACUGCAAUGAACUUUGUGGAAACUGUCUCGUGGAAAGUCAAUGUUCUCAUAUCAAUGGAACAUGCUUCACUGGAUGCAAGCCUGGCUACGAGGGAGACUUGUGUAAAACGCGUGAGUAGAAAGUUAUCAGGACAACUAAGUAGAUAUACAGCAGGUUAAUAGGAAAGUGAUGAUAACUAAUUGAAAAUACAGAAAUUUAUCACAUGAAUUACAUUUGUCAAAAGUGUUAUACAAUAUCCAGUAAACUCCUUUAAAACCGAAAUAAACAGAAAAGUAAAUUUCGAGUCAUAUAUAUAAGAAAGAUAAUAUGAAAAACAUUAAAGUGAAAAAAAAAGGUUUUAUAGAAAUGUUGAUCAAUGAACACACGACUGCUCAUUAAUAAGUAAACAAAAAAUCAUUUAUAUCUGAAAUUAAAGAAUCAGUUAUUUUCGAUUAUAUUAAAAUGUUUCUAAAUCAAACCAUGUGACAUUGUAAACGGAUCUUGAUAAUUUGUUUAAUUGAAACCUAUAAUUAAUUUUUACUCAAAAAGAAACAGAGAAAAGAAAACAAGCUGUUUGUAAACUUAAUGUCAGAAUUAGACUAAAGACGCAUAAACAAAAUGUUCACAUUUGUUAUGGAUGUAAGAUAUUACUGAUGCAAGUCAAUGCAAUUAUUGUUACUGCGUUAACCUGUGCUAAACAGCAACGGCUGUUUUACAUUCUUUGUAUCUAUUAUCGAUAUAUAAUGCAAUAUAUGAUCUUAUGCAAUCAUGCAUCCGGUGACUGUAGGGACGUAAGCCAUUGCUUUCCAAGUAAGGGUACUUGUUUAACUCGAUGUGAUGUCGGCUAUGAGGGAGUCGUAUGUAAAACACGUUGGUAGGCAAUUUUAAGGACAUACAAUUCAAUAAAUAUGAAAGAUGUUUUGGUUGAAUAUUGUUAAAUCGAAUUAUCAGUAUAAUGGUAUUGCAUAAUAGAAUUCAAAAUGUUAUAUAUAAUUAUUUCUCUCUAUAUGUAUUACAUGGAAUAUUUUGAUUCUUUAGUACGGUUUAAAACAAAGGUGCAUACUAGAAACACAUGUGAGUAAAAUAAAAACUGGUUACAGCGUUAUAAACUGUAUGAUUCAAACAAAGGCAUGCAUUAAUUCUGUUUCUUUACUAUGGGAAAAAGUUGAUAACAGGGAUAUUUAAAAAG